CCAACACCACAUCCACAACUUCCCAAACCCACCACCUCCAUCUUCAUCUCCAUCUCCGUCUCGACCUCACAGCGUUAGGAUUCGACUUCGACCAUGGAUCCGACUUACUUGGAGCUCCAACUGCCCGGCUUCCGCUUCCACCCUACCGAAGAAGAGUUGCUCGAUUUUUACCUCAAAAAAAUGGUUUCUGGAAAAAACAACUUGCGUUUCGACAUCAUCGGCUAUCUCAACAUUUAUCUUUACGAUCCUUGGGCUUUGCCAGGGUUGUCAAAGAUUGGUGAAAGAGAGUGGUACUUUUUUGUGCCAAGAGAUAGAAAGCAUGGGAGUGGAGGGAGACCCAACCGGACCACCCAAAACGGUUUUUGGAAGGCAACUGGAUCGGAUCGUAAGAUAUUCAGUUUAACUGAUCCGAAGAAGCCCCUUGGCUUGAAAAAAACUUUAGUCUUUUACAAAGGCAGAGCACCGAGAGGAAACAAAACGGAUUGGGUCAUGAACGAGUAUCGUUUGCCUGAUUCUUACCCAUUACACAAGGAGAUCGUGUUGUGUAAGAUAUACAGAAAGGCAACUUCUAUGAAGGUGUUAGAGCAAAGGGCAGCAAUGGAAGAAGUAACCAAGACGAUCCAACCAUCCACUCCUCUGUCUCUCGAAGAACCCAUCUCAUUCUACACUCAAAAUGAUAACUUAGCAUCAUCAUUGCCGACACCAAUGGAAUCAUGCCACAUGGCAUCCGAUAACAGUGAUGAAUUCCAUCAAGACUUGCUACUUUUCUGGGACGAGAAAUUGAAAGACGAGUCUUCACCACCACCAGCACCUAUAACGCCAACCGAGUCUUUCCAUGUUUUAUCAGACAACCAUGAUGAAUCGUGUCACGACUUGAUGUUUAUGUUAGAUGAAAAAUUGAAAGAAGAGCCUGACGUCAUCAGCGAUGCAAACAGUAGUAACACUGACAAUGACAAUAGUAUUAGUAAGGUCUCAAGUUUAAGACUACCUACAGAAAACGAGAUGUUACGAGAACUACAAUUGCCCAAGAUGAACACGGACUGGACCCAAGACUCCUUUUGGACACAAUUAUGCAGUCCAUGGUUAGACAAUAUAAUGUUGACGUCUCCUUAUGCUAAUAUCCUUAAUUUCUAAGGUUGUAGAAAAUAUUAACUUAAUUGUAGAUUAUAUUUAAACGUAAAAUAAAAAUGGAAAGACUAGUUUCUAGAUUAACUUGUCUUUCUGUCUGUCUGAUCACAGCUGUAAUAACUAGUAUUUUAAAUGUUAGUCUUUGCUACUGGAUUUAUAAGUAUAAAUUCAUAUUUGUAUGUUGAUAUCAAGAACUAAUAAAUGUUUCGUUCUUUCA